GUUAAUUUGAUCGAUGAUCAGUUAAUUGAGAUCAAUGAAGUAUUUCGAGGUACAUUAAGCCUCGUUACUACGGACAGAGUGUCCCUGGGUCUAGACAAUGCCGACGCUACAAUCAUCGAGGAUGAAAGUAUAUACAUGAUUCCUCAUUGGCUUCGAGAACACCUCGUACACAGUUAAUGAAGAGGGCGAGUUUGGAUUUGUAGCGCUGGAAGUGUGUGUGAGAAUGUUUGAACCUUCAGAUGACACUCCAGUAGGAACAUUAUUCCGUAUUGGGGUUGAAACUGUACAAGGCACAGCAGAUGGAGAUGACUAUACGGAAAUGACUGGACCCAACGUUUUUCCCUUUAUUAUACCCUUUACCGAUACUAUUCGUCGGAGUUGCAUCAGGGUUGUGAUUUUAGAUGAUGCUCUUUACGAAUCAGAAGAGCAAUUUUCUCUUCGAUUUAUUGCAAUUAAAGAUUUUAUUUUACCUGAAGACUUUGUGAUCGAUCCAUCUCUCCUUUUACCUUACAAUGUUGUGCUCGAUCCACCUGGCAGUAGCAUCACAAUUUUGGAUGAUGAAGAGGUGACUGUUGGCUUCAUUAACCCAUCAUACUCAGCCAGGGAGGACGAAGGACGAAUGAUAUUCACUGUGGGAGUGACUGGUCGGUAUGAUAUAGCCACAGAUAUUGAGUUGUCCUUCUCGACUGCGGACAAUCUGAUAUCAAAAACAGCUGCUAUGGCUGGUCAGGACUACACUUCAAUUAUCAACAUGCCAAUCAUUCUGAGGCCAGGCAUGCAAACCAUACAGAUCGCAGUUAAUUUGACCGAUGAUCUGUUAAUUGAGAUCAAUGAAGUAUUUCGAGGUACAUUAAGCCUCGUUACUACGGACAGAGUGUCCCUGGGUCUAGACAAUGCCAACGCUACCAUCAUCGAGGACAAAAGAUUCCUCAUUGGCUUCGAGAACACCUCGUACACAGUUAAUGAAGAGGGCGAGUUUGGAUUUUCAUUUCUGGAAGUGUGUGUGAGAAUGUUUGAACCUUCAGAUGACACUCCAGUAAGAACGUUAUUCCGUAUUGGGGUUGAAACUGUACAGGGCACAGCAGAUGGAGAUGACUAUACAGAAAUGACUGGACCCGACGUUUUUCCUUUUAUUUUAACCUUUACCGAUACUAUUCGUCGAAGUUGCAUCAGGGUUGUGAUAGAAGAUGACGCUCUUUACGAAUCAGAAAAGAGCAAUUUUCUCUUCGAUUUAUUGCGCUUCAAGACUUAGGCGUUAUGAUCGAUCCAUCUCUCCUUUUACCUUACAAUGUUGUGCUCGAUCCACCUGGCAGUAGCAUCACAAUUCUGGACGAUGAAGAGGUGACUGUUGGUUUCAUCAACCCACCAUACUCUGCCAGGGAGGGCGAAGGACCAAUGAUAUUCACUGUGAGAGUGACUGGUCGCUAUGAUAUAGGCACAGAUGUCGAGUUGUCCUUCUCGACUGCGGACGGUCUAAUCGUGUGAGGAUCGUGGCUCCCAACUGUGCCGAUAUCGAUCUUGUGAUGUGGGUGUCAUGCCUGAACUCAACCUUCUGGAGCAGAGCAAGCACUGAUCAGAAUGAGAUCAUCUUCCACGCUAAUAAUAUCCGGUUCGUGAUCGCUAGAGGACUGAACCUGGCUGAACGGUCGCACGGAUUGCUGGGUCAAUUCUGGAACGUCCCUAUCCAAGUACAGCCCUACACUGGACCUGUGCGGGAUGGAGUCAACAGCGACGGCUACUAUGUCAUAACAACCAACCAUCCCAACGAACCACAGCGAUCUUUCAUCGGCUGGCUCUGGCCCCU